UAGGCAAGCUAGGCAGAAAUCAAGAACCCAUCUACGACACAGUAGCUCCCGAUAACUUAGCAAAAAUCCCAAUUCCAGAAAAUAAUAUGGCAGGGAAUGAUAAAAGACCCUUUGCGAAACCCGAAAGCUAUGGGGGUACAAAGAGUGAAGACUUCAACGAGUGGUUGAAAACCUUCAAUAGGGCAGCAAAAAUAAAUAAGUGGGAUGAGGAUGAUAAAAUCUUGUAUUUACCCCUCUACCUCAAGAAAACAGCAUUGGCAAUUUUCGACAUAUUUUCGGAUAAAAAUGAAAACGCGACAUUUCUUGAUGCAGUAGGCCACUUAAAAAGUAAACUUGUAGACCCUGUUCAUGAAGAGACAACCAGACAAAAACUCGAAAACAGAAACAAAUUACCAACAGAAACAUACACAGAAUACACAGCAGAUAUAAUAAAACUUUGUCAUAUUCUUGAGCCUCAAAUGUCAGAGAAAAGAAUAGUAGGAUAUGUUUUGAGAGGCUUAGACGUAGGAGCAUUGCAACAUGUUGCUUUCAUGGACAAUGCAUCAGUUGAAGAUUUAGAGAAAAAUCUCGCCAAAUAUGAAAGAUCUCGCUUCCUUCUAGACAAAAAGUUAGGAAUGCAUAAUGCUUCAAUCCUGUCAGAUGACGAAGAAGACGAUUGCCAGUUCAAGCAGAAAGGCCUCUGCUUGAUUCCGAGGAAAAAUAUGUCGAACUCCGCCACCCAAGCCACUUGUCUCCACCUUCUAACAUCAGAAGCAGACGUAUCGGAGCUACGAGAAGUCUGCAAAUUUGAUUGUAAAGCAACUGACAAUCAAACCCUAAUCACUCGCCUACGAGAAGACACCUUCCUAUUCCACAACACCGGCAAAAAGACGACAAUUCGCUGUAAAAACUCAACAACUGAGGUCCCAAGCAACAGUCCAGGAACCCUAUCACUCCACAUCCCUUGCAACUGCGAACUUCAAGACGACAACGGCGACGUACUGAUAAGCACUCUUUAUCCUUGCGACUCCCGUUCCCAUCCUUCUCCAGCUAUUAAUAACUUAAUUCCUCACAUGUGGACAAAUUUAUCUAAAUUGAGCAUCCCAAUUUUUAAACAUGAGACUCUGCCUCAGUACUUAAACCUUUCAGAAAUCUUAAAUGAAAAUUGGCACUUGAAUUUUUCAAAAUUUGAAGAGCACAACUCAUUCUCAGAAGACAUUUUCCAUCAUGUUGAAAUGCCAAAUAACUUUGAUUUGUUAGGGGUGAACAAUAAACUGAUCAUUUAUAUUAUUAUUGUCUGGCAAACACUGAUAACUGUUAUAUUCUUGUAUUUAUGUCUUCAAAAUUAUAUUAAGAAGAAAGCAAAUCAACUGAGAGUCCCGAAACGUACUCCAAUUGUGGACUACCCACAGGAGCUUUAAGAAUAUAUUGUGUUUUAGUAAAGUAGUAUGUAAUGAAAUCAUUAAAAUAAUGGGUUAGGAUAUAGGAAACUAUGCAAAUAAUAAUUACUUAUUCACUAUUAUUGUAUCCAUUUACUCUUUUAUGCUAUCGAUUCAAAUAUUUUCCCAGAUUAGAAGAUAAACUAUUUCAAUUAUUAUUAUUAUUCUUAUUUUCAAGGGUUCCACAAUAUUAUUUUGCUUACUCGAAUACUAUUCGGACUUGAUGUUUAAUUUUUGCAUUAUGAUUCAAUUUUAUUACUUUCGUAGAUUUUGUAGGUUUAAUUUUAUUCAUCAAUAUAAUUGAAAUUUUUCCAUUCAAUUCUUAUUCAGAUAUGAAUGUAUUGAAUUGUUGAUUUGAAGUUGAUUGAUGUGUUAGGCUAAGUUUGAUUUUUAUGAAUUAGUUCACUAUAAUGUAAUUUAUAUCACUUGCAUUUAGCUUAUGAAUUGGCACUCACAUAGAUUUAAGGUAUUCAUUGAAAGUUAUGUUACAUAUAAAUAUCCAAUUAGAAUAAUAUUGUGAAUAAUAAUAAUAAUAAUUUUAGCUUGCGGUAAUUUUGACUUUAAUUUUUGAAAUAUUAUUGAAAUGUGUAAAAAUUAACUUAGAGAGAUGCCGUUUUUUCGAUAACUUCGGGCCGAAGUUUAGGGGGACCCGGGGAUGUAAUAGAACUACAUAAUUUUUAUUAUUUGCCAUGAAUUUUCACAAUGAAUAGAUAAAUUGCUGACGACGGUGAAAAUUCAUGACAAGUAAAAUUAUGGAAAAAAUGAGAGUCUCUAGCAGUCGGUGGUAAGGACGGGACCUGGAAACAUCUACAGCAGAUCAACCAGCCCGACUUCUCCCUACUGAGAGGGUCUCCCAUUUGGGUAGAGUGAGUGCCAAAUUAAUUAUAUUAUUUUUAUCUGAGGGUAUAUCUUGUCAAUAUUAUUUGAAAUCAUAUUUUAUCUUUUGAAAAUAAUUCUUUUUAAAUUAUCAAUAAAUAUUAUAUUAUUCAUUCUACAUUUAAUUAUUUUACAAUUAAAACCUUUCUCAUGAGAUAAAGAGUAAGAUCCAAAUUUAACCUCUCGUUAGCCAAGCGAUAUUUAACCCCUCAUUUAUUUGAUCAGUACAUCUUAUUUAUCAAUUAUAAUAUAACAGCAUUAUCUUUUAUUAAUUUCUGUAUCCAACUCCUAGAGAGUUAGGACCU